ACCUAGAUCAAUUGAAGUAUGUUGAAUAUUUGAUUAUGCGAUAUAAAUGGGAGGCUGAUUAUGAUGUGACUGUAAAAGUGACUAGUGUGACUGAUAACGUUUUGAAAAGUAAAAAUGGAGCAAUAUAG